UCUUUACACAUUCCUUAAAACUUUUGCACUUCUUCAAAUCCUAUAUAUACUCUCGUCCUCAUCUUUCCCUUCAUCACCACCAACAAUUCAUCAAACUAAUAUCAACCCUAACCCAAGUAACACAAUCACACCCAACUCAAAUUAAACAUAAAAAUGUCUAAAUUUCUAUGUUUUCCCUCCAUUUUCAUCCUAAUAUUAUACCUCACAUUAGCCCUUGCCAACUCUGCUCGCCUCCUCGACGAGGCCGCAGGCCCACAGCUUACACCACCAGACGAACUCCCACCUUUACCUCCGGUUGAAGACGACUCCCCUCCGACCAUCUUAUCAAGCGCCCAAGCUCCACCUACAGCUGCUGCCCCUCCUGCAGAUGAUGAUGAACUUCCUAACCCGGAUGAUCAACCUGACCCAAACCCAACAACUAAUGAUGCACCAGCAGUACCUGAACCCGCCCCAGAACCUGCCCCACUCCCCACUGGACCCGCUCAGAAUGGUGUACAGAAUGGAGCAACAGGACCCGCACAGAAUGGUGCAACAGGACCCGCACAGAAUGGUGCAACAGGACCCGGGUCUGAUCACCCCGCACACCCAGCAAUAUCCUUCUUCAUGCAUGACGUCCUAGGAGGAUCAAGUGCAUCAGGCAGAAUCGUCACGGGUCUAAUUGCAACCAGUGAUGUAAACGGGAUCCCAUUUUCAAGACCCAACAACCAAGUCUUCCCAGUUACAAACGGAGUUCCACUCCUCAACAAUGGGAACUUAAACAACGUUCUAAACAACAACAAUGUCCCAUUCUUGGCCGGACUCACGGGUCAAAACCAACCCAAAGCUCAAACCAUAAUCCAAAACACUGGGACCAACAACGUUGUCAAUGGUGGAAACAACAACCAAGCCUUCGUAACACCAGGUCAACUCCCCACUGGAACAGCCCUCCAGAAACUUCUAUUCGGAUCCAUUACCGUCAUUGACGAUGAGCUAACCGCGGGUCAUGAACUCGGGUCGGGUAUCAUGGGUAGAGGUCAAGGGUUUUACUUGGCUAGCUCACUUGAUGGGGAAAGUCAUACUAUGGCUUUUACUGCCGUUUUUCAUGGUGGGGAACAUGAUCUGCAGGAAGGGGAUGAUACCCUUAGCUUUUUUGGGGUCCACCGGACGGCUUCUCCGAUAUCGUCGAUUGCCGUCAUUGGUGGGAGCGGUAAGUAUGAGAAUGCUAAAGGGUAUGCUACUAUUGAGACUCUGCCUGAUCAGGAUCAGCAUACUACUGAUGGGGUUGAUACUAUUGCUCAUUUUAGUGUUUAUCUUUAUUAGUUUGAUUAAUUCAUGUUUGUGAGAUUGUGAGUUGUGAGAUUUGAUGUUUGUGGUUUUAUGUAAGUUGGAGUUGGUGUAUGUAUGUGUAUUUGUGUAUGUAUAAUGUAUAAACAUCAUCAAAGUAGCUAUAUAUGGAGGAAUUAUAAUAUACUUAUAAAAAGAGAACUUGGA